UUCGGACCGCGAGUGUGCAGCCCGCGCGCGAUGUGUUAGUUUGGAAUACAAUUUUACUUGCGGUACACAUGCUGUACAUCCUGCCCCCGCCGUCGGCCCCCGGCCCACCCUCGCCCUGGGACCUGAUCAACAACAACAGCCCCAGGGGGCCCAACAAAAAGGCGCCGCCGCCGCUCAGGCAAAAGGUGCGCAUGAUGGUGCACACCCUGGACGCCCCAAAACCCCCGCGCCCUUCCGCCAAUCGGACCCUGCGCAAAAUUAGACUUCAAAAUAUUAACAAUAAUAACAAGGACAACUCGGCAACCACAAACGGCGGUGAGUCUGCUGAAAAAGCGGAGGAACCCCCCGAGGAGGACGACAAAGACGACACUGUCCGCACAAGCCGAAGUUUGAGCGACUGCUACUUUCCCUCAAACAGGACUGCAUUGGUUCUGCCGCUGAAUAAUGAGCUCCAGCGACCCGCCAGUCGGAGGGUCAGCGCCUCAGGCCCCUCGGACAUCCAGCACCACCUCCAGUCCAUGUUUUACCACUUGCGACCCGAGGAGACUCUCAAAAUGGCUGUGAAAUUGGAGAGUGCGCACCCUGGCCGCACGCGGUACCUGGUGGUCGUAUCGAGACUUGCCCCCGCCAGGGACAACAAUGACCAGGGUGGCGAGGAGAGCUGCCUCCUCGGCAUUGACUGCAAUGAAAUCACCACGGUCGGGCUCGUUCUCAGGGUGCUCGCUGACACGGCCAUCACCCUUGACGGCGAUGGUGGUUUCAGUGUGAGCUCUUGUGGCAAGCAGCACAUAUUCAAACCUGUCUCCGUACAAGCAAUGUGGUCGGCCCUGCAAACCCUGCACAAAGUGAGCUCGAAAGCGCGGGAAAACAACUACUUUUUGGGCGGCCUCACUCACGAAUGGGCCACUUACUAUGAGCAAAGGGUGGACUCGGAACGUUCAUGCCUUAAUGAGUGGCAUGCGAUGGACAAUCUCGAGUCCAAACGCCCACCAUCCCCCAAUUCACUUCGUUCCAAGCCAUGUGAGAGAGCAGAAACAGAGACUGUUAUUCGUAGCGCCCUUAAGGAGAUAAUGAUGUCUGUGGACCUGGACGAAGUGACGUGCAAGUAUAUACGAGGCAGAUUGGAAGAAAUGCUGGACAUGGACUUGGGCGAGUUCAAGCACUUCAUUGACCAGGAAAUGCUCACCAUCCUGGGCCAGAUGGAUUCCGCCACGGAGGUCUUCGAGCAUGUUUACUUGGGCUCCGAGUGGAAUGCCUCCAACUUGGAAGAGCUACAAAAAAAUGGAGUUGGGCAUAUCCUGAAUAUAACAAGAGAAAUUGACAAUUUUUUUCCCGGGACAUUCAACUACUUAAAUGUGCGCGUCUAUGACGAUGAAAAGACUGAUCUCCUCCGGCACUGGGAUAAUACUUUUAGGUACAUCAACAGAGCCAGGCAAGAUGGUUCCAAGGUACUAGUUCACUGCAAAAUGGGUGUCAGCAGAUCCGCUUCUGUGGUCAUCGCCUAUGCCAUGAAGGCUUACAACUGGAAUCUGCCGCAGGCAAUUGAAUUUGUCAAGCAGAAGCGCAGCUGCAUUAAGCCCAACACCGCAUUUAUGUCACAACUCGAGACAUAUCAGGGUAUUUUGGAUGCAGUGAAGAACAAAGAACGACUUCUGCGAUCAAAAUCAGAAACAAACCUGAAGUCACCAGGGCCCGUUUUGAAAAUUGAAGACACCGUGGAUGCCAUUUUGAAUGAAUCGACACAAUCUUCACAGCUUACCACCAGCAGCUUCCUCACCGUUGACUGGACUACAGGUAGAGACCUUGCUACCACCGGAAGGCCCAAGUCUUGGAGUCCAGACAACACCACUGAUCUUUUUACCUCACCUUUAACCGCUCCUACGUCUUUGUCCAUGGAGCAUCUUCUAUCGGACGAGCAACCCGUCAAAGAAGAUGCUGAAAAGUUUGAAGACUUUGAGGAAGUUUCGCAAGAGGAGACGGUUGAAAUUGACAACAAAGUUUGUUUCUGUGAACUUAAAGAAAACUGCGGUGUUGAGACUAGAAACUACAACUUGAGCGUGCGACUGCCCUGCAGCAACGGCCAGACUUACAGUGUGUCUCAAAACAAAGUUAUGUUCCUGCCGACUUGCACAGGCCCGGAUUGCAUGUCCAGUGUGAAACUGAUAGUGAAUGAACUGGAGUCCCAAAGUGGAGUUUCUGUGUCUAGGCCGACGUCUCAAGUGCCAGACUUGACAGGACUGGUCCUCAAUCUCACUUCGCAGUUCGAAGGCUCGAAGGAGGUUUCGGCCAUAGAACAAGAGGAACUUUCGUCUUCGGCCCUCACAAAGCAGCCGCCGCCUCUUUUGCAGGCAAAGCUUUUGAAGAAAGAAACCUGGGACCCAGCCGAACACAAAAACCCACUGACUGAGAUGGCGCCGCCACCGUCAAGCAACCCUCAGCCUAUUCCUGCCCCUAACAGCAAGCCAAAGCCUGAUGACCCCUUUUCUGCGCAACUAGAUAGGGUUUUUGACCGUGAAGAAAAAAGGCAACAGAGAUUGAGUUCAUCCCUUCCUAUUGAGGCCACAAAUCAAUGUCUCCUUUCUCAAGAAAAGUCCGCUAUUCCCGUCAGCACCGAGCAGCUUCUUCGGGAAUGCCCGUCCCGUCAAAGUUCAUGGAGCUCCUACGACAGCGCAGUUAUUCUCCGCGAGUCACCCUCCCGGCAAAGCAGCUGGGGCUCUGCAGACACCAGGUGUACCUAUGGCACUCUGCCCUCGAGGAACAGCUCCUGGGGCUCAUACGACAUUCGCCGCGGCAGCAAAUUGUCCGAAGACUUCCCCGAACAGCAUUUUUCCUACGACCGUGAGUCAAUCCCCUUUUACCCCGGAACAGUCAAAAGAACCAAACAAAAAAUAGAAUCCGAAUCGAGCAUCAAGCGUGUGUGUUCGGAAGCGCCCGACCCCAUCACCGAGACCUCCACUGCCACAAUCAAACUGCUGAAAAGUGGCCAGCCAAUCGUACCUGUUUCCAAACCCUCUUCGUGCCACGUCCCCAAGGAACAACCCAAACAGAACUCUAGUCCAAAAGGCAGGUCCCCAGGGCAGCUAGUCAAAAGCAAAGAGGACGUCGGCAAGAAAAGCCCUCUGGUGGACAAAACCAACUCGGCGGGCAAUAAAACAACCAACCCCCCUGGCGUAGUGAAAAAUCUUAAAAAGGAGUUUGAGGCCAAGUCGGUGGUGCUUCGAAACGCAAAGAGCCUCUCGGUGUCGUCCUCAGAGCCCACCAAGGAAAAGGAGCUGCCCAAAAGCGAACCUACCUCACCGACCGCAGAGGACCUCUCGGUCAAGCUUCUGGUGGACAAAUUUGAGGUCAAUAACAAAGGGUGGACCUCCUUCUGCCGCAGCAUCUCCACCUCGCCCCCAAACAGACUCAUCUCCUCCGAGGGCGGCUGUCCAAAGAGACGCUCCUCCCCCGCCAGCCUGUGUCCUCAGCCACCUGUGCCGCAGCGCAAGUCGAGCUUUGAGGCGACAGCUGCUGGAAAAAAUAAUGUGAUAGUCACAAACUGCAUCAUUCAGGGCAGGGGCGGCAACCUGAAGCCGCCCCCGCCGCAGCCCACGGUCUUGUCCAUCGCCAAGUGCAAGAAGCAGCAGGGCAAGACGCACCCUCUCAACCGGCUCGCCCCUGCCUUCACCAAGGCCAGGCACAACAACCCUGUUUUCAACACAAUGUGACUUGCCUCUCUUUCUCUCUGCCUGUAGGAUGUAUAACCACACAAUACAUGUUUACUGCCUCUAUUCAACCAGGAUUUGUGCAAAAUACAUAUAUAUUAAAUAUAAAACAUACAAACAAAGUCCUUUUUCAGAUGAUCAAGUUUUCAAUCUAUUACUCUCAUGUGGACAUGUUUUCUUGUUCAUAAAUGGUAGGAGCAAGCCUGUUUUGGGUAGACACAAACAAACGCAUACAUUCUGGGGGUUUUCAAACUUGAUAUAAAUAUGUGUGAGAAUUAAUUUAUAGAUUUGUUAAAUUUAUUUUCAUGGAUGAACAAUUAUGACUUUUAAAAUUUUGUAUGAUUACUAUGUUUCAAACAAAUAAAAAGUGAUAUAAACGUGUAUGAUAUU